CGUGGCAGUCCUGGCCAUGUAUUGCAUGCAGCCUCUGGAAUUGAUUCAAGACUACUCAACUGGCUCAACUAACCAAGCUAAAAGCUAUGAAUCGCAAAGCCAAGAAAGAUAUAUUUUUAGUUAUUUUGCUGCUCAUAAGUAGUUGCAUACUCUCCCCAUGCCGUGCAGAGGACUUCUAUGUGACUCCUACCCUGCCUGCACCUGAGCCCUGCCCCUUUCCUUGCUUCACCCUGGAUCAGUAUGCUCAAGACCGUACAUUUGUUGCAGACCAAACCGCCAACAUUACCCUGAUAUUUCUUAGAGGAGUUCACAGAAUGAAUUAUGACCUGACAAUACUCGGGGACGAACUUAUUUUGCAAGCACAUAAUGAGAGCCUUUCACGUUCACCAACUGAAACUGUUAUCUACAACGUCGAUAUUAAUCAUAAAAUUGGAAUUAUUGGACAGCUUAUUGUUUUGAAGAGCCUAACAUUUGAACGAGUUGCAAUGGGUCUUACGAAUUUGUUCAAUUCACUACGCAUCCGGAGCAUCACCCUCUACAGGUCUGUUUUGUACUCUAGCAGCCUAACUGUUCAACUCCAUGUAGCUGAUAACAUCAAAGCUAAUAUAAUAAUAUCCGACUCCAUAUUUUAUGGAGAUUAUACACUUUUGGGAGGAUUUGGCCUCAGUAUCUUAAUAGAUAAUGAUGGUGAAUCCGCAUUAACUCUAUGCAGUAGCUCAAUCACACAAUACAAUGAAGGUGGAAUGUAUACAGUUGGAGUUUCCUCCAUCGCCAUUACUAACACUUCGAUUUUUCAAAGUCCUCAAGGAAUGCACAUUUUGUUUGCUGAUGAAGUAAUUAUUGAAAACACCACCGUAUCCCAUUCUAAACAGGUUGGAUUACUUACAUUUGGGUCAAAUGUGACAAUCGUCAACUCAACUAUCAUAUACAAUCAGAUUGGCAUCAGUUCACUUAGUUCUACCAUGACAAUUUGGAGCUCGCUAAUCAGUAGCAAUACUGUUGGAGUUGUUAUUAUCAAUACCUCGGAAAAUAUUUUUUCUGAACUGAUGAGUAUAACUGAGCUGAUGAGUAUAAAAAACUCCUCUGUUGAAAUGGAUGGUUGUAAUGUAACUCAGAACAGUGUGGCAGGAGUAUCUUUGUACAUUCAAGAAAUGGCAUUGUUUCGUGACUGUACGUUCGAUUACAACAAUGGAACAUCGAUCUUUGCAUACCAGAGCAAAUUUGAAUUGUCCAGAGACAAUGUCUUCUCAAACAACAAUGCUGAAAGAGGAUGUGGUAUGGCUUUGUACCAAUCAACAGUGAAGUUUAAUCAAGGAUCAAACACAUUGUUCGAGAACAAUACAGCUACAGAAUAUGGUGGAGGCAUAUAUGUUGCAGCAAUUCCCCUUCCUCUACCUCAGUUUCUCGUUACACUGGAAAACUUGCGAAUUUUCGGGAGUGAAAGAAUAGUAAACAGCAAAUCAUGCUUUUAUUCAACAGACCUAGGUAAUUUGACAACCAACACUAGUGUCAGGUUCUUCAACAACAACGCAAACCUUGGGGGAUCGAGUAUUUUUGGAUUGUCCACGUCAUCAUACAAUUCAACAUGUCCGGUUUUUGAUUUUGAAUUUGAUAAUUCUGAGUCGCUUGAUUUCCAGCUAACAUCUGAUCCAACUCGUGUUUGCUUUUGUUUUGACAACAAGCCACAGUGCAGCAAUCGAAGCUUCCUUGUGUUAAACGAAACAAGAUAUCCUGGGGAAAUUUUUAAGGUUCCAGUUGUUCUAGUCGGAUUCAACUACGGAAGAGUUGUGGGCACUGUAUUUGCUAAUGUACUUGACAGUGCUGGCACACUUGACAAAGCUCAGCGCUCACAAUUUGUUGAUAUCACACAAUGCAGUAACUUAACCUAUACAGUUUCAUCUAGUGAGACAAACAGAAUAGCUACAGUGGCUCUUAUGGUAAAUGAACAAGUCAUUGACAGCGUUCAAAAAGAAGACAUAGAGUUGAGCAUAAGGAAUGCCUACUCGCCAAUAUGUGAUAACAUAUUUCCUCCCUGUACGGCACUUCUGACGACACCCGUCUAUAUUAACAUCAAACUAGAAUCAUGUCCAUUGGGAUUUGAAAUCGAUGCAACUAAGGGUGUGUGUAAAUGUGAUGGAAACCUCAUUAACUAUCUACUCAAUUUGACGUGUGAAAUUUACGAUCGAAAAGGACAUAUUAUCAGAGAAGGAACAGUGUGGGUUGGAGUGGACACAAGGCAAAACAACACUGAUGUCUACUACUGGCACAGAUACUGCCCACGUGACUACUGCAAUACCUCAACAACAUCCAUCGACCUGAAAUCCCCUGACACCCAGUGCAGCAUGAAUCGAGUUGGAGUUUUGUGUGGGAGUUGUCAAGCUAACUACAGUCUACAGUUGGGUGGGAACAAGUGCGAACAAUGCGUUGACAGUUUUCUUGCUCUAUUGAUUGUUUUUAUGAUUCUCGGAAUUCUCUUGGUAGCUUUCAUAAAGUUUUUAGACAUCACAGUGAGCACAGGUACAAUCAACGGACUUAUAUUUUAUGCCAAUGUUAUAUGGAUGAACAAUCCCAUACUGUUUCCACAUCAAAAUAGGCAAACUGUUGCAUAUUACAUUCUUACUGUUCCAAUCGCUUGGAUUAAUUUGGACUUUGGUAUUGAGUCUUGCUUCAGCCAAAAUUUAGAUCAACUUACAAAGAGUGGCUUACAAUUUGUAUUUCCUGUCUACAUCUGGAGUAUUGCUGCUAUCAUCAUCCUAGUUUCUCACUAUUCAACCAGAGCCACUAAGCUCUUUGGAAACAAUUCUGUUGCAGUGCUAGCUACUUUAUUCCUGCUCUCUUAUGGUAAAGUGUUUAGGGCUAUCACGGAUGUUUUUAUCAGUGCUGAUGUGGCGGACUCAAACGGUACAUUUCGCAAAGUUUGGUCCCUCAAUGGUAAUGUACAGUAUGGAGUGACAUCAGGACAUAUUGUAUUGAUAAUAUUGGCAAUUGCUUUCCUACUCUUGUUUUUGAUUCCCUUCACGUUGAUGCUCCUGCUAGUACCAUUUCUCAAGGGUAAAUCCAAUCUUUGGCCUCUUCGUUGGAUCAAUACACUGACUCCGUUCUUUGAUACUUUCUACGGCCCUUUCAAAUUGAAGAAGCAGCAUCAGGUAUGGACUGGGAUUCUGCUCAUCUCUCGCGUAGUGAUAUUGAUUGUGUUCGCAUCAACCUCGACAUUCAACCCGUUGGCAAACAUACUACUCAUGAUUCUGAUAUCAGUGUUCCUUCUAAUGUACAGUGCACUGACUGGCUUGCUGUAUAAAAUAUGGCUCUUGUCAUUCAUGGAAAGCAUUUACAUAGGAAACUUAAUCGUGCUUGGAGGAUCAUUUACAAUCGAUCGAGCUCAACAAGGGGAACAGUUGAGCCCUGCAAUUGCUAUCUCCGUAUCUAUUGCUCUCUUCCAAUUUAUUUGCAUUCUGCUCUUUCACAUUUGCAAGCGAGUCAUACCCAAGAAAAUGGUGGACUAUUUGUUAAAGAAAAGAAAACUGCAAGUGUCAGAAUUGGUGGAAGAAAAUAUCGUAGACGGUCAGAAUGAUACGACUGUGACAAAACAAGUUGUGGAAUUGAAUAAUGCAUUCAACACCACUUUGAGAGAACCACUCCUAAAUUAAUUAAAAAUAACUUUUGUCAUAAAAAUACUAUUUACCUAGACUCGCUGGCACCUUAGAUGGUUAGAUUACUUUAGUGUUUUGUGUAUACAUGUAUAUGUACUGUUACCACCUAGAUAUUUCCUAUUACCGUAUUACUGCAAGCAUCAAAACAUAAUAAUGAACUUCGAUUGAUCA